CUUGGAAAUUCAUGGAAGGAAAUUAAUGCAUUGUUAGAGGGAUAGAUGGACGGUGCAGCAAUGUUGAAAAUGCUAAUAUGCAUACACACACAAAUGCAUAGAAAUUGGUUUCAUUUCAGCUUCUAUAAAUAGCAACGCAAGCUGAAGGAAAUAUUCAUUCCAACAGAGUGAGAGCAUUUUCAAUAUUGGGAGUUAGAGAGAAAUUUUCUAGUGUGAGAAAAAUUUCUGUGAGAUAAACUCUUGGGGUGUAAUUGGGUUGUGGGUUUGUGAGAGAGUGUGAGUGUUUGUAAACACAGUGUAUAUUUCUCCUUUCUAUAAAAGGUCUGCAGCAGCCCGAAGACGUAGGCAUAAUUGGCCGAACUCCGUUAUCAAUUUGUGUGUGUUCUAUUAUUCUGCAUUUAAUCACUAUUCCACGAAUCUGAUUAUGGGGAAAUUUUGCGUAGUUUCCUAACAAAUCUCCAGCACCGAAAUCUCUUGAAACUUAUUGGGUGUUGCAUUCAAGAUGAUGAGAGACUUUUGAUUUAUGAAUUCAUGGUCAACAGAAGCUUGGACAACAUCAUUUUUGAUCAAACAAAAAGCAGCUUACUGCAUUGGGUUCAACGCUUUCAAAUUAUUAGUGGGAUUGCUAGAGGAGUCCUCUAUCUUCAUGAAGAUUCAACACUAAGGAUUGUUCACAGAGAUCUCAAGACCAGUAACAUUCUUCUUGAUGAACAUAUGAAUCCAAAAAUAUCAGAUUUUGGUCUUGCUAGGAUAUUUGGGGUAGAUGAAGCUGAAGGAAAAACAAAAAGAGUAGUGGGAACCUUUGGUUAUAUAUCUCCUGAGUGCAUCCGAGGAACUUUCUCUGUGAAAUCAGAUGCCUUUAGCUUUGGUGUCAUUGUACUAGAGAUAAUUUGUGGAAAGAAGAACAUGGAAUUUUUUCACAAUUAUAAUCUUGACCUUCUAUGCCACGCAUGGAGAGUGUGGAGUGAAGAGAAGCCUUUGGAAUUGAUAGAUGAAUCACUAGGUGAUUCAAUGGCAUUAUCUGAAGUGUUCAGAUGCAUUCACAUUGGGCUCUUAUGUGUACAAGAGAGACCAGAGGACAGGCCAGACAUGUAAGGUGUAGUUUUAAUGCUGAAUGGUGAGAAAUCAUUGCCCGAACCAAAGGAGCCUGCAUUUUAUCCACAACAAUUUGGUUCUCCUUCAAACAAUUAUGAACUGGGCUCAACCAAUGAAAUUUCUAUCACACAAUUAGAUGCAAGGUAGUUUGUAAAGACUAGUUUUACAGAGAUGAGCAAUUGUUGCAGUAGAUUUUAACAAUUAGUAUGAGUUCAAGUUAGUUUCCUGAACCUUCUUGCACAAGCAAGAGCUUCAUCCCAUUACUGUACUUAAAGACCAUCUGUUGUGAAAGGAGAUUUUUAUAGUUCCUUUUAUUCCCUUAAAUAAGAACACAUGUUACAUUGAACUAGUGUAAUUUUUUAGUAAUAAGCAUUUGUAAAAGAGUUGCUCCUGGCAUUCCAUAAUAUUUUUAGUUACAUGGAGGGGUUAAGCUCCCAGCAUUUGGAAAGAAU